CUAAUUAAAUAAGAGUAGUUACAAUAGAAUAUGACAAUAUAUUUUUGGGGGAUUUACCUAGAUAGGAGUAAAUAAGUUCUUAAUUGCCAAAAUAGGACUAGUAUUUAAAAAUUCCCUAAAUAAGAAUUAUUAUUUGUAAUUGGACAGAAAUAACCCUCAACUUAGGAAAACAUAAUACUGGUGCAGAAUGUCCGAACGACGUCGGUCGUCCAUCGCCGCCGGUCGCCGGCCGCCGGCACCGCCUCAAAACUGACCGUCAUGUAGAUCUGCCCGCCGCCACUUCAUAUUUGGCCGUCGCAGCUGCAAAUAUGUCCGUCGACGCCGAACGCCGUUGUUGACCGCCGCCCCAUCAGAUCCGGCCACCACCUCAGCAGAUCCGACCGCCGCCUCAGCAGAUCUGGCCGCCCCCCUGCGGAUCCGGCCUCUGCCGCUGAAAACUGACCUCCACCAGUGCAGAUCUGUCCAUUGUCUACGCCAAUGCCAGAUUUUUUUUAUCAAAAUGCCAAACAAAAAUCGAGAAUGUCAUUUUAAUGGCAUUUUCAAAGCAAAAUAUGACAUUUUUGAAGAGUAAUAUUGCCAAAUUGAUGGCAUUUUUGAAACAAAAUUUGACCUCUUUUGAAACUAAAAGAAAUGAGGUCUGCUACAAAAUUGAAGAGGAGGAGAAAACCAGAAAAUCAAGUAAGAAGAAGAUGACAGAAGAUGAGGGGCCGGAGAACAACGAGGUACUUCCAAUCGACCACGGAUUUGGAUGCUUGCUCCGCCGCUUCUCACAGCUACUCGACGACGCUCACUGUUGGUCCCCUCUGCUCACCGCUGUUGCUCGCUGCUCUCCGCCGCUGCCUCACUUCAAAGCUCUCUGCUGCUGCUUGACACAGAAGUUUCUUGUCGCAGAAGAUGAAGGACCGAAGAAAGGGAGCACCGUAGAAGAUGAAGGAGUUGCUGCGCACGUUUUGACACAUUGAUUUUUUGAUCGUG